AUGAAGUUUAUCAUCAUAUUUGUUUUGGUAUUUCAUGCUCUUUCCAUGAACCUUGCACAUGGGAAGAAGGUUAAUAUUAAUCACAAGAAAACUAUUGUAAAGAGUGGUUGUGAUUUGUUUAAAGGAAGAUGGGUUUAUGAUGAAUCAUACCCUUUAUAUGAAACUUCACAGUGUCCUUUUAUUGAGAAAGAAUUUGAUUGUCAGAAUAAUGGUAGACCAGAUCAAUUUUAUCUCAAGUAUAGAUGGCAGCCCACAGGGUGUAACUUACCUAGAUUCAACGGUGAAGAUUUUUUAAGAAGAUAUAAAGGGAAAAGUGUUUUGUUUGUGGGGGACUCUUUGAGUUUGAAUCAAUGGCAAUCACUCACUUGCAUGCUUCGUAUAGCUGUUCCACAAGCUCACUAUAACUUAUUGAGAAUGGGUGAUCUCUCCAUUUUCACCUUCGCUAGCUACAAUGUUAAGGUGAUGUUCUCACGCAAUGCAUUUUUGGUGGACAUUGUUAGUGAAAAUAUUGGUAGAGUUUUGAAACUAGAUUCUAUUGAAGCUGCCAAUACAUGGAAAGGAAUUGAUGUCUUGAUUUUUGACUCUUGGCAUUGGUGGCUUCACACCGGAAGAAAACAACCAUGGGAUUUUAUUCAAGUAGGGAAUAAUAGGUUUAGAGAUAUGGAUCGUUUGGCUGCCUACGAGAAAGGAUUGAAAACAUGGGCCAAUUGGAUUGAUGCCAAUGUUAACAUUACUAAAACAAAGGUGUUCUUCCAAGGAGUCUCUCCGGAUCAUGUUAACUCAGAGCAAUGGGGAACACCAACAGAAAGUGCAAAAUUUUGUGAAGGACAAGAAAAACCAUUAUUAGGAACCAAGUAUCCAGGAGGCCCACACCCAGCAGAAUUGGUUCUAGAAAGAGUUCUAAGUUCCAUGAAAAAGCCUAUAAACUUGCUCGAUAUUACAACUUUAUCACAGCUUAGAAAAGAUGGUCACCCAUCAGUUUAUGGACAUGGAGGACAUAGGGACAUGGAUUGCAGCCAUUGGUGCUUAGCUGGUGUUCCUGAUACUUGGAAUCAGCUUCUAUAUGCAACUUUAAUUCAAAAUUGA